AUGGAUCCUAAACAGCCAGAGGAGGUGCAGCACUCCGAACAUCGUGAGCUCCCGACCUCUUCUCGCCUCGGCCAGUCUGGCAGCAAAGGAGCGGAUCGAGCGCUGGCCAUCAUUGGCGACCAGAAAGUUGAAGUUACCGAAGAGGAAAAUCGCCGUAUACUUCGAAAAACCGACAGAACCAUCUUGGUCAUCCUCGUAUGGGUUUAUUUCCUCCAGAUCCUCGACAAGUCCGUGCUGGGAUACGGCGCGACAUACGGCCUCAAGGAAGACACGCACCUCAGCCCGGGCCAGUAUUCUCUUUUAAGCUCCAUUGCCCCCAUUGCCCAGCUGAUAUGGCAGCCUUUCUCGUGGGUUCUCAUCGUCAAGGUGCCUCAUCGCAUCUUGAUGCCCGCGCUCUGUCUGGGAUGGGGCAUUGCGCAAACUGCCAUGGCGGCAUGUCAUGAUUUCUCGAGCCUUAUGGCUACACGAUUCUUCCUUGGCUUGUUCGAGGCCGGCUGCUUGCCUCUGUUCAGCGUCAUCACCAGUCAGUGGUAUCGACGAGCUGAGCAGCCCAUUCGUGUCGCAGCGUGGUACGGGACCAAUGGACUGGCGACCAUCUUCGCUGCCGCUGUUUCAUAUGGGCUGGGGCAGAUCAACUCACCACUAUUGAGAGAAUGGCAGAUCAUCUUCCUCUUCGUCGGGCUCUUGACCAUCGUCUCUGUUCCAUUUGCAUAUUGGAAAUUGGACAACGACAUUCCCUCCGCACGAUUCCUGACUGAAGAGGAGAAGCCAAAAGCGUUGGAGCGUCUUCGCGCCAACCAAACAGGCACUGGCACCCGCGAUUUCAAAUGGAACCACGUCAUUGAGGCGGCUCUAGAGCCUAAAACCUAUCUCUGGUUUGGAAUGUCGCUGCUGCUCAACGUGGGAGCAAUCGUUACCGUUACGUUUGGCCCUCUUAUCAUCAACGGUCUCGGCUUCGACAAGUACACAAGCAGUUUACUCAAUAUGCCGUUUGGGGCCCUCCAAGUCAUUGUAGUUCUCAUUUCCAGCCUCUUGGCCAGGAGGGCGAAGUUAAAGGGAGCUGUACUGGCCGUCUUCGUGUUGCCGGUUCUCGCUGGAUUAAUCAUGCUAUACUGCCUUCCCCGAGACAAAUCAAAUCAAGGAGCUUUACUUGCUGGAUACUAUCUCCUGGCGUUCCUCUUUGCCGGCAACCCUCUUAUUGUCUCUUGGAUCGUCGGCAACACUGCUGGAACAACUAAAAAGUCAAUGAUCAUGAGCGUGUACAACGCCGCCAGCUCCGUGGGCAAUAUCAUCGGCCCCAUCCUGUUUAAUGACCGGGAUGCACCUGCCUAUAAACCUGGUUUACGGGCCUGCCUGGGCGUUUUCUCAGCAUUAGUUGGAGUGAUUGUACUGCAGUGGGCCAAUCUAAUUGUUCUCAAUAAGAUGCAGGCCAAGACUCGAGUACGCAACGGAAAGGAAGCAAAAGUUAUUGACCGCUCUAUGCAAAACCAUUAUCGCACAGCCACGCACCGCGAAGAUGGAGUACUUCAGGACGCUGAGGGAGUCAACGAUGAGGAUGAUGCUCUUGGUCGAAACGCUUUCUUGGAUCUCACAGACCGUGAGAAUGAUGAGUUUGUAUAUAUUUACUAA